GGCGAGACGUUUGACUGGCCCGAGCGCGUGCCCUUCCGCCUCACCCACAACAUGACUGAGGCCAUGGGCCACGGUGCCCUCUAUGGCCUCUUCCUCUCUGCCUGUCAGGUACACAUGACUGAGGCCAUGGGCCACGGUGCCCUCUAUGGCCUCUUCCUCUCUGCCUGUCAGCACACGAUGCGCAUCAUGCGUGCAGAGCGCGAGGCCCUGCUGUCCGUGGUGCGGCCGUUCAUCCACGACCCGCUGGUCGAGUGGAGCAAGGGCGACAAGGCCGCUAAGAACACCGGCGAGAUCAACAACGAGAAGGUUCUCUUCAAAUUAAUUAUGAGAAAAUUUAUAUCCUAG